AUGGACGUCGUCCAUCUUGGCCCUGUACAGCCACGUCCUCUCAAAAGCCCCUCCAAGCGCCCAUGGCUCUUUGUGCCCUCGUCUGGGAGUGCCGGAGGCCCUUUGCUUUGGGCGUGCAUUGUUGACAGGAAGCUCACUGCCGGCUCCAUGAGCCGCACCAGAAGCGAGCACUUGGCAGCUGCACAAGCAGCUGCUGCCCGCAUGGCCGCAACGGCUGUGUUGGCUGGCAGAUCAGCAGCUGCUGCGGCACGCAGCUGCAACACAUCCGGCCCAGCCAACUUUCGGAAUGACGUGGCAAAUCGAGCCAUGGCUGCUGCAGCCUUGCGGGCUGCAUCCAAACCGGAGGCGACACUGCAGCAGGACACCGAAGGUCCAAGAGAUCGCGAUCCAUCAGGCGUGAAUCUUGAGUGUCGCGUUGGCAAUACAGAUUCUAUAGGGCAGCGUCAAAGCCAGCCCGCUCGCCAUGCCCGGCAACCUCCGCAACCUCAGCUGCGUGGCAACGAUCCUGCUGCCGCGGAUUCUGAGCGCGAUGACGCGCGCAUGUGCGAAUGGGACAUCAAGGUAGAGCGGACCUUCAUCAAUGUAGUUCCACUGUGCCCGAAGCUCACGCACACGGCAAGCGCCCCUGCCCGACUGGACCGGCCAUUCCUGCGGCGCCGGCGCAUGCGGCCAAGCCGUCGACGACGCUAA